UUACUAUAUCUUCUCGCACAAUGGAUGUGUGCGUGAGUCAUUGGAAAGUAUACGAAUCAGGUGAAACAUGAGCGUUAUACUGAGCGUCGCAAGUGGCAAUAUCUUGUCACUAAGAGGAUGGAUUUUUUUCAUAAUUUUACUUAUAUUCUAUGGAAUAAGUCCGACGGAAUCUCAACUCCGCAUACCGGACGAGUUUAAGGAAUGUUACGUGAAUAAUAACAUGCAUGAUUUUCACCUUCCCAUGAACAUGCGCGUCCUGCUGGAUAUCAUUCGCAAAGCAGAGACAUAUUCUUACUCUACGAUGGAUAUCAGAACAAUGUCAUCCUCCCUGAUGCACAGAUUUAAGCUUGAUGGCAUCAAACAUUAUAAAGAUGUACAAGAAAGAGAUGGAAUACUUCCUUUUGGACAGUCUGGAAGACAAAGUGUCAAAUAUAAAUUGAUAAAGGAAAUGGUUCCAGGAAAACCGGAACUUUUUCCGUUCGAUGCACUCACAGCGAUAGAACAGUGCACUUUACAUCAAGCUAUCUCAAAUACAAUAAUGAAAGAAGAUUCACGCGGCACGAGUACAUUAUGUGAAGAGAUUGGUCAAAAGUUAACAAAUAGAGUUUUAUUUGCUAAUCUAUGGAAUUGUCCGAGGGAAUACGGAGUGAUUCUUACGUCGUAUGGAACUAUUGCUCCAGGUGCUAUUAUAGGAGCCAUUGCUGCUUCCCUUCAACAUCAGAAUGUUGGAUUAAAUCAAAUCGUUAACACAGAAACGUUUGAAAGGCCUGUUACCAUCGCUAGCGUAACUCACAUCGAAGAAGUUGACUUUAUUAUACCAAGAAAUGAAAUGAUUCAUGAUAAAUCAAUGUCAUAUAUUUCCUCGCCUAAGCCAGAUCUAAAAUUAGACAACGUAUGGCUAACAACGAUUGCAGGUGAAUUAGCGGAGAUGGUAGUAUAUCAAGGACCUAUAUUAGACUCCGAUAUGCAACUUGGAGCCACUGGAUUUUGGAAUAACACUAUGCGUCCCGGUGUUUAUUAUUUAAAAAAUCAAAAUGGCUAUUUUGAUGCCACCCGUGCUAAAAUAGUCAGUGAUAUCGAUGGUCUCAUCAUAGCGAGUAAGGUGCACACCUGGGUGAACGACUUUUACAGUCUUCGUUUGAGUCAAAUUCUUGAUAUGUAUUACUCAGAUAACGGUAUAACUUUAUUUAAUGAAAACAUCAAAGUCUGUGACAGGAAGAAGGGUUUCUCGUACGUCGUGUCCAGGACGCUUUUGGACGAGCAGACAUACGCCGCAUCUCAUCUUUUGGCCUACCAUAACGAUAUCGUAUUCAAAUCUCCAGAAGCUCUUAAACGACUGGUCGAUCACGCGAUUGCUAAAUUCUCAGUUUACGCAAACGAUCACCUCUUGACAGAAUUACUCUGUCGAAACAGAAAACGUUAUCCACAAGUAGAAGCGUUGAUCGUAUUCGACGGUAGUUGGACUGAGGAAUACACAAUGGAUUUGGUCGCAGCAUUAAUAGAUGACUUGGAUGUAUCGAUGUAUAGUUCAAAAAUGGGAAUUUUACACGGUAUAUCAGGACAAUGGUUGCUCAAUGUAACAAGCAGUCCUAGUCUUGCUUAUUACGCUAUAUCUAACUUCAGGAAUAUUUCAUGGCCUACGCGUAUAGAUCUCGUUACAACGUUGAAUGCAAUAUCCAAUUAUCUGAAUAAAACCUGGGAAGCAAGAUGGCAACAACAUACAAUAGGGAGUCUCGGUCAAGCGAUCGUGAUAUUAGCUCCAUUGGCUCAGUUCUCUGAAUCAGAGCAACAGACAAUUUUAAAAUUAUUAAAAGAGAUCAAGCAUCUUCAUCCCGAUCUAUAUUUUUUAUAUUAUGUGUCGGAAUACAAUUCACGUAUUUUUCAACCGUUUGUAUUAUCAGAGCAAGAUCGUUUAAUACUUGGCCCUAAUAUCGAUGCCAUCGCACAAUACCUGUCAACGUUGCCGCGAACUCUGAAGCCAGUAACUGUGUCGAAACUUGACACAGAAGAACCAUCAAAAUUCAAGAAUAAAAUAGAAAAUUACAUAAGUCCUUCAAAAUCAAUUACAUACAUGUUGCAUUCGCAACACACAGCUAAUAUGAAGAUAACAAUUACAGUCCAUAAUUUUGGAUACGGAACGAUAAAAGCUUGUUCUUGGAAUCAAUUCAAUAGUGAAGAAACUAUGGCAUGUCAACAGCUUAAUGCGCAUAAGGAGAUUAACUUAAUCGACAACUAUACAUGCAUUGAUAUACGCUGCCCUCACAUAUAUCUCCGUAUACAAAACGCCACUUCCUUUUACAAGUGUGCAGAAAUGGAAUGUAAAUUACCGGAUCAAGUGAGAUAUAUCAUAAGGAUGCAAAAUACAUACAACUCAGCGGAAAAAAUGAUAUUUAUAAAUGUAUUUGUAACGCUUUAUUUAUAUUUACAAUUAGCUGUAUUUAACAUAUGAGGAUCUUGUUCAAUAAAACUAAAGCGACUUAAGGUA